GGUCGCGUGACACGCGGGGUGAUCGAACAAGCCGCCACCCCGCGCUUUUUCUCUUCCUCCCCAGCUAAUCGCCUUAUCGCAUCCCUUCAUUAUUAAUUCUUUUGUACAGAUUCCGCUUCAUAUGCAGCGUGGUAACUAAGUAGCUCUCCUUGAAAAUUUCCACUUGAUCGAUUUACGAUCAAUUACCAUCUUUUAUCACCCGCCGGCCGACCAUCCCAUUAAAACGCUUUACGGCCGCGCCAUAACAUCCGAUCCUGUUCCCCGUCAAUGAGGAGAUCGCGAGCAGCCGUUGUGGUCUAUUUAAGUAACAAUCACCGUGGUGCUGCGUAGCAGUGGACACGCUUUAGUGUCUCGGCUGAUUAUGCAAUCGGCAUCCUAAGUGGAGCAUAUCGGCAUUCCGACGGCGGUAGAUGUUUUGUUGUCGUGCUUGUCUGCGGCGUGAUCGGAACGGGUAAACCGUAACGCGACAUAAUAGUGUGUACUACGUGAUGCAUCCGUCGGAAUCCACCCACUGUUUGCCGCGCCGCUGCGGGAGCGUUUUUUCAUCGCGGCUGUAAAUUGUUUGGGAAGCCGUAGUUUUUUCUUGGUUAAAUCAAAAUUCAGACAAGCGGACGUUUGGUUUAGUAAUAUACAGCUUCGCAACUUCCGGUCUUUUCCGGUCCAGAAGAGGUCGCGCCGGAUUCGGCGCGCGCUGGAUAAAAUGCAGCAGCUAUUUAACAACACCAUUAAUCCCGUUUUUGUGUUCAAUGAUUCGGCGUUCGACCAGUUGUCCCGUUUCGAUUCCUGUGGAUUUCCCCGGUUAAAGGACAUGUCCGCCGAAUCACGACGGGCUAUUAAAGACAUGCAGCUGGUGACGACGAUCUCCUAUCCCAUCUUCCUGAUUAUCGGGACGAUCGGCAACAGUCUGGGAAUUGGACUGUUGGUGCGCAGCCGGCAGAUCGCGCGGGCGGCUGGACACCGGACAAAUCUCAGUCCGCGGGAUAUCUUCCUGGUGGCGUUAUUUAUUACGGAUCUGAUCUACUUGUGGGUAUUUUUGAUGGUCUCAUGGGGCACCGGACUCCUUGUGGGACAUGGUGACCCCACCAAAGCCCUGCCCUUCAUUAAUUUCCAUUUGGCGACGAACGGUAUUUGGAUGUACAUGUUGACCAUCACGAUCUUCGCUUCGCACGGCAUCCUGGUGAUGUUCUCCAUUGACCGCUACCUGGCCAUGAUUAAGCCCAUCCACCACAGCGUCUCCAUCAAGAUCCGCAAGCGCAUCUGUUUCGGGUUGGUGGGCCUGACGUACUUCGCCGCGGCGGUGAUCUGCAUGGUGUCGCCCUUUGUCUACUAUUAUGUGCUGGAGCAUGGUCGGCCGGGCGGAAAUAGUAACCUACCCCGCCAUUAUCAGGCCUGGAUUAAUGUCGAUAAAUGGUUUGACGUCAUGUUUCGCGUUGGACCGGCACUGAUCAUCAUCAUCGCCAACAUCCUUAUCAUCUGGAAGCUGUACCGCUCCCGCAACGUAACCGGACGCCGCAUCGAAGUACACCACGGCGUGCAUAAGAAGGAGAUCACCAUCGUAUACAGUAACGGCAAUAACCCGCACCUCCAGUUUCCCCAGCCCCAAGCCAUGCGUUCCCCGCUGACUAUCCUGUUCAGCAGCUGCGCCUUCUACCUGGUGACGAACGCCUUCGACAUUGUCCUGGCGAUCAUGGAGAUGAUGACCCUGCAGCCGAUCUGCGCGUUCCCGCAUACGGAUUUCCAGAAAUAUGUCGAUCAGCAUCUGCCGAUUUUUCUCCUCUUCAAAAAUUCCUACUACACCUUCUCCUUUCUGUUCUACAUUGGGAUACAGGUCAAUCUGUACCGGAAGAUGAAGACGCGCUUGUCCAGCAGUCUACGCUCGCGCAGCAGCCUCACAACGAAAUCGUAGUGACGGGAAAACUUGCAUGCUUAAUUUUCGUCAUUCAUGCUUGGUUUUCAGUUUAGCAAAGCCAUGCUAUGCUCUUUUACACUCUUACCGCUUGUUAUCUGCUUUAGCUGACGUAAAGUACAACUUUAUCGGCUUUGAAAAUGUAUGAUAAUUUUAACAAAACUGCAACGCUGUCCCAAUAAUUACAUUGUAACUGGCGAGAGCGUAAAUCCAGUUCAAUUCUUAGCUUAUGUGAGUACAGUGUUGCAGAGAAAUGAGAUUAUUUGUGGAAAUACAGUAUACCGCAAAAGCUAUGUAUAAUUUUGGCUUCUACACUGGCUUCUAGUCA